AUGAGCAGCAUAGUUUAUCAGAAUUCAAAACCCCAGUAAUUUAUGGAAUAUAACCCAGCAUAUGAAUAAUAAUAAUAAUAAAUAUAGAUUCAAAAACUCAACCAAAAGUAAUAAGAAGAAGUUUAAUCUAUUCGAUAUUACCUUUAUGAUAGUCUACAAUUCCUGAUUAAUUUACUUUACUCAUCAAAAGCAGUAAAUGAGCAUUUUGAAAAUGAUCCUCAACAUCCAAUGAGAAUAAUUGCUCGAAAUAAAAUUACUCUUUAGUUAAAUUUAUCCAAUAGCAUUCAAUUUGACUAAUCAUUCUAAUACAAAUCUGAUCCUAAACUGAAUUAAGUAUUACAAAUAGAAAAAUAAAAUGCUAAAAAAUUAUUAGAGCAACUUCCACCUGAGUUUAAAUUAGAGUUUGAAAACUAUUUAGAAAUAUAUCAAUCAAGCAGUUUAGAUUAAAAUAUUGAAAUGCGUUCAUUAAAUAUGGAAUAGACUAAUAUUGAAACAAAGUUCGAUUCUAAUGUUCUACAAUCUAUUAUAAAUUCAAUUUAAUAGGUGGAUAAAACGACUUAAUAAUUUAGAGAAUAAAAAGUAUACAAAAUACCGAACAUUUAGGAUAUAAUAACAAAUGCAAAGUAAAUAUUACAAUUAUAAUAGCAACUAUUAUUAAAAGACAAAAUAUUCACUUGUAAAGAAUUAUCCUAAUCAAAACCAGAUAUAAAUAGAACUAUAAGAAAUGAGUUAAUAACAAGAUAUGCCAAUCCCUUUAUCUUAAAAUAAAUUCAAAUUAAAAAGUACAUUUAAUAAUUAAUAUUUUCAAGGAAAGCUACACCGUCCUAUUAAAGACAAACAAAUUUUUGGAAUUCAAAAUAGAAAAAUCUAUAAAGAUACUUCAUAAAGAAAUAAGAAUCAUUGUAAUUAUUAACACUUAGGGAAAAAUUUAUGA